CCCCCCUAAAACCCCUAAUUUCCCCCCCUAAAAUUGGUAUCCUAAAAACACCCUUUAGGUGUUUCUCUCCGCCACCACGUCUUCAUCAUCAUCGUUAAGCUCCUCUUCUUCUCAACCACCAUCUUUGUUUUUCUCUCGUUUAUCCGGUCGGUGUAUUUUUCAGGAAAAUCCAAAUUUUCCCAAAAGAUUUCCCGAAAGAUUCAGCCAUGGAAGCCGAUGAUGUUGACACACCGGAGAUCUUCGACGAAGGAGUCAUCACUUCCGACAACAAGCUCGCCGAUGCCGAUUUCUUCAACAACUUCAAAGACGAUUUUGAUGACUCUGAUGUCGACUAAAAAAACAAAGAAGAAUCGUUUCAAUUUUUUCUUAAAGGAUAAGUGAUAGACGAAAUCCGGGAGUUGAAUCCUAGAGUUGAAAUCCAAGGGUUGAAUCCCUUAUAAAGUUUAAAUUUAAUUCUUUCAGUGCUGGAGAUGAUGAUUAUGAAGGGUACAACUACCGCUUGUGUGGGCGACUUUCUGCUGUUCGAAUUGUUUUUCUUUGUAGGUUUGUCCAGGAGGUAUGAUGGGAUACAGUUUAAACUGUGCAGUUUUAGCAUUACCAUCAUCCUAUUAUGGUUAAACCUUAACAUUUAACAAUUGAAGUUCACUUUCACAAAUAGUCAAAAUUUAGGUCUAUAAAUUUCAAGAAACUUGGUUUGGCAGAUAACAGUUUACUUCAUGGAGCUUGCUACCCCACAUACAGAAGAAGUAAUAAAACUUGUUGAUAAAGUUGGCGAUUUUGAGUGGUUAAUUCAGAAAUCUGAAAUUGAUGGGGCUGCUGCUUUGAAGCUGGAUCUUACAUUUGACACUCCAAUAAUUAUAGUUCCUAGGAAUUCAAGGAGCACUGAGUGCUGCUGAAGAAGCAACUGCAGUUUUUGGUGAAGCAGCUCUCUUUGUGUUCAAAAGCAGUACGUGCAUCAUGGGGCAGCUAGCCCAAAUUUGCAUAUUUCUAGUGAGGACUAUAAUUUGGUUUUGUCACGGAAUACAUUGAAUCUGAGAACUUGAGUGAUCUAAAAGAUGUUGAUACAUGUCUUAAGGAUUAGAACCGGUAUAGUGCAGGAAGAGGAGUGCACAAAAAUCUGAAACGUAUAGAGAAAGCUCGCAUUCUAGUUAGGAAAUUGCCAUGUUGCUGAAAAGACUGCUCUUCUGCGGCGUAUAGAACUUAAACUUGUUCUUGUGGCCUUGGAAGGUAGUGCAUUUAGAAGCAAGUUUCUUGAUACGGAUGAACUUAUGAGUUACUGUAGCUGGUUUGCGACUUUCAGCAGCAUGAUCCCAAAAUGGCUGCGGAAAACCAAAAUUGUCAAGAAAAUUAGCCAAAUACUGGUGAAUCACCUUGGACUAAAUUUGACCAAAGAUGAUCUACAAAAUGUGGUCGAUUUAUUGGAGCCAUAUGGUCAGAUAAGAGCAAUGGAAUAGAAUAUCUAAAUCCUCCUCUUGAUGUCAGUAACUAACUUGCUUGUCAUUUUAAAUAUGCAAGUCAAUUGCUAUUAAUAAUUUUCUGUUGGAUUCUUGGACUGAAAAAUAAUUGAAUUGCAAGGUCAUACACGCUGUUAAUUUUUUAAGAGCUAAUAAAUGAGUAUGACAUAGUGCUCAUAAAUGUUCUAAA